CAGUUUCCUGUUUGUGCCCACCACUAUCCUCUCUCUGGAUGCUGGCUGCCGUCGUCCGCCUGCAGCACCAGAAAGUAGCUGUUAAGCGGAGAGAAUAAAUUAGCCUUGCUGUUUUCCACGCUCUGUGAGGAAAGAUGGUGGCCAAACAGAGGAUCCGCAUGGCCAACGAGAAACACAGCAAAAACAUCACGCAGAGAGGAAACGUGGCCAAGACGCUGAAAGCCUCCGCAGAGCUGUCUUUGAGGACAGCUGUGAUGAGUAGCAGAUGUGAAAGCAGGCUUCAUCAAAAAGCAAAUGUAGAGAAUUGGGAGAAGCGACCGCAGGAGGAGAAGUACCCUGUGGGUCCCUGGCUGCUGGCUCUCUUUGUCUUUGUUGUUUGUGGAUCAGCUAUCUUUCAGAUCAUCCAGAGCAUCCGGAUGGGGAUGUGACCCUACAUCACCUACCACCCCGUCUCAGCUUUCCUGAUGUCCUCACUGAGCCUGGACCCCCCACCCCCGCCUACAAACGCCCCCCCCUGCCUUGAAUCAGCGUUUACAGUGUUGCAGUCUGUGGGACUGACACCUUUUCUAUGGACAGUCUGAAACCACGCUGGCUGGAAAACAUGGAUCCUCACUGGCUGGAGUGUGAGAAUGUGUGUGACAACGUGCCAAACUGGUGUCUUGAACUUUUCAUCUGUACUGUAAGAAAAGUGAUUUUUGCAAAUAAAUGUUAAGCAUUUGGCCGAUAUUUAUUGCAUUUUUUUCUUAAAAACACAUCCAUUCUUUGGGGUCAGAGCCCCAAUUUUGAAGAUUUUUUUUUUUUUUGUAUUGGUUUUUCUUUUUUCACAAGUUUUUAUUUUUAUUCAUCCUUUAUUGUUUUUAAUCAUUCUGUCUUUUAUUUAUUAUUGUUCUGCCUUAAUUUUUCAGCGUAUGUCAAUGUACAGCACAGUUGUUUUAAAUGUGCUUUUUAAAUAAAGUUUGACUUGACAAACA